AUGUCGUCAUUAAAUUCUUUGUCGAAAGGUUUCUUUGUUGCAGUUUUCGUAGAGGCAGAGGAGAAAGAUAGGAUUCUCUGCUCUCAAAACUGGUACUUGGAUAGCCACCCAAUAUAUUUACAGCCCUGGUCUCCUAAUUUCGAUCCUACUCAUUUGGCAAUAUAUGAUAAACCCAUAUGGAUCUGUUUAUUUAAUCUCCCUUCAGAAUAUUGGAGCAACCCUUGUUUAGAGCGAAUAGGUCGAACUCUGGGCACACUUCUGGAAAUCAAUGAAGCAAUCAUUGACGCGGAUCUAUACACUUAUGCCAGAUUAAAAAUCGCAGUAGUAAAAGAAAUCCCUUCUUCUAUUUCCAUUAUAACAAAAGAGGGGAGAUGGGUUCAACAGGUGGAGAUCGAAAAAGACAUCACACCAUGUACCAGAUGUGGUAGUAGGCGACAUCCUAUCGAGAGGUGUGGGAUGUUCGUCAAGAAAGUGUUCAAAAAUCCCCCCAACAAAUCCAGCAAAGUAUGGAACCAAAAGCCUCCAGGGAAGACAGAAAAACUUCUACUGAUUGGCCCAAAUUUUGCCAACAUCAAUUUGCUCCCAAAGGACUUAUCCCAAGAAAACAGUACUUCCUUAGAAGUUCCCAUCUACAACAAUAUUCCUUCCCAUGAUCCAUCAGGACAGUUAUCCUCUCCCCCCGUGCCCAAUCAGGACGUUACCAAGGAGGAUAGGCUUUCUGUGGAAGGGUCUGAAUCCUCAUGGCCAAAUGAUGAAACAGAAAAUUUGGAUGAUUUGGAUAUUCUGGAUCCCAUAUGCAUCAGUCAAUCUGCAAAUGCACUCUUGGGCAGAACCAAAGGUUCUAAGGGACGCAGAAGCCACAAAGCUAUCAGAGAACAAAGAGCCCAUGAAAAGGGAAUUGUCAGUGUUAUGGAUUAUCUUAAAGUAUCCAAGGGAGGAAAGUCCUCCCUUGGGGAAAGAUGA